CUUAAAAUUAAGACAAAAAAAUUCUCAAAAUCUCAUUGUUCUUUUAAAUGUGUUCCUGAAAAUGAAUAUUAAUUGCAAGCUGUAGUCAAGGUAGGUGCAAAGAGUAUGUAUGGGAGGAAGGUAGGACGGUGACCUACCCUCAUUCAUCGAAUCAGUCGUUAAAUUGGGACCUUUUUUAGAUAGGUUCAUUUAACAAAAUAGGACUUGGAUAUUCAUCACACGUCAGCUAAUUGAAAAAUAAAAGGUCUUUUUUUUUCCUCUGCUUUCUACGUUUUAUAUCGUUGUUACCAUAGCGAUCAAUGUGCACGUUGUUUUGCAUAAUAGUAGGAAAGUUUCUCAAUUUCAUUUGCAAGAUUGAAGGUUUAGGCAAUAGAUAUACAAGCAAACAUGAGCACAAGCAUAAUGUUCUUAGCAACAAGUUUUACUUUUUUUUCCUAUAUCAACAAGUAUAUUGCUGGUAGACAGGCAGUUAAAAACCGCAUAAAAGAUGAUAAAGAUUUAAAAAGAAAGUUGUGGUUGUGGCGCAAUACCUUUUGUUCACUUUUACAUUCAGCAAUAUCUUCUUUGUGGGUUUUGUUGUGUUAUUGGGAUGAACCAAAGUUGUUAUCCGACAUGGUUUUAACAUCAUCUAAGUUUUCAGUUUUGUUAGUCAUGUUCUCUACUGGGUACUUUUUCUAUGAUUUGUUCGAUUUAAUUGGUCAUGAAAAGAUGCGAGAGUGGGAGUUAUUGAUCCAUCACAUCUCUGUUAUUACUGCUUUUAUGAUUAGUGUUAUUACAAGUCGUUAUCAAGGGUUUGCUGUUUGCUCGCUUAUAAUGGAAGUCAAUAGUAUAUUUCUUCAUAUACGUCGUUUGAUGAGACUGGAAGAUCAAAACAAAUCUUUUUUAUAUUCGUUAAAUGGAGUUUUUCUAUUGAUUACCCUAAUUUUUUGUAGGAUAUGCAUGUCAGGAUGGAUGAUUAGGUGGUUAUUAGUUAAUUACCGUUCGCUUCCUUUUUUACAUUAUGUUGUUGGUCUAUUUGGAAUGGUCGUUAUUACAGUAAAUAACAUUGGUCUAAUGUAUCGUUUAUGGGUUAGCGAGUUAAAAAAUAAAAAAGCUCACUCUGAUGGGAAAAUGUAGGAAGUAGUCUUUAUAUUUUCUUAAAAUAAUACAAAAGUUAUUGCUUUGUAUCCAUGCAUCUUUGGUGUAAAUAAGUUUUUAGCGAAGUUUUAAAAAUUAUAGACAUA